AUGACUCGCCCUAAACCUAAAAAACGGAACCGAAGGAAAAUAGGAGCAAGGGCCUACAAAAACUAUUCUGAAGAAAUGCUCACUCUUGCAGUUGAAAUGGUCCGUAACAAAAAUGUGUCAUCUUAUGACGCAGAAAAACAAUUUGGAAUACCACGUCGUACCAUAGAAAAAAGGGCAAAAAACUUACACACUAACAAACCUGGUCCACGGUACCGAUUUACAGAGGAAGAAGAGCUCCAAUUUGUAAAAGUGCUUAUUGUUGCAUCUGAAUUUGGAUGUCCAUUGACACAGUUGGAUUUCCGUAUGAUUGUUUUUGAUUACCUUAAAAAAAAAAAUAAAGCGUACAUUUUUAAUGACAAUCCUCCAGGUGAUUGGUGGGUGAAAAACUUUUUGAUAAGACACCACGAUAAGCUUACCGUGCGAUCUACACAAAACAUUAAAAAAGCAAGAGCCGAAAAAUCCCUUCAAGAUUUUAAGAUCUACUUUGAAUAUUUAAAGAGCUGUGUUGAAGAUUUGCCGGCAACCCAUAUACUCAAUUACGACGAAACAAAUGUCAGCGAUGACCCGGGGGCAGUCAAAUGCAUUUUUCGCCGGGGAAUCAAGUAUCCGGAAAGAACAGUAAACUACUCAAAAGGUUGUAUUUCUAUAAUGUUUUCCGGAACAGCCAGUGGUGAUCUUUUAGCUCCGUACGUCGUCUAUAAAUCUGAAAAUAUGUGGACACAAUGGUGUGAUGGAGGUCCAGAAGGGGCGCGUUAUAAUCGAACUAAAAGUGGCUGGUUCGAUUCUGGCAUGUUCAUGGAUUGGUUCACUACAAUAGUAAUACCAUGGGCUCAACGUCUGGAAGGACCGAAGCUGGUUAUAGGAGACAACCUUUCAAGCCAUAUUAACGUAGAUGUGGUAGAACUUUGCGAGCGUCACAAUAUUAGGUUCGUGUUACUACCACCAAAUUCAACGCAUUUAACCCAGCCUCUGGAUGUUGCAUUUUUUGCUCCACUUAAACGAACGUGGAGGAAAAUUCUUAUGAAAUAUAAGAUAGAAAACCCAAAGCAGACGUCUCUCAAUAAAAUCCACUUUCCUAUACUUUUAAAACAAUUAAUUGAAGAAGUGAACUUAAAUAAAGCCGAUAACUUGAUCAGUGGAUUUAGAGCAACGGGCAUAUUUCCAUAUAAUCCACAGAAAGUAUAUUCAAAAAUUCCGGAAUACUGUGAAGAGAUCACUUAUGACGUAGAUAAAUCUUUACUUGACUAUCUAAAAGAGAAUCGGAAUCCAAACCCAAUAAGGCGAAAUACAAAUAAAAAAAUGAAUGUCGCAGCUGGAAAAUCUGUCACAAGGUGGGACAUAAAUAAAAACGUAACCAAGAAAAACACAAAGAGUAAAACUAGUGAAAUAACAAGCGAAAGAAAUUUUAUUGCAAACAGUGGUGAAGAAGUAGUGCAAAACGACAUACCAGAAAAAAAGAGGUCAAAAAUAACUAUUCUCUCAGACAUUAGAAUACCGCCAAAAACAGACAAGAAUAAAAAAACACCAACGAAAAAAAUAAAAGAAGCUAAAGCUGGACCAUCUGGUAUUACGAUAAAAAGAAAUUUACAAAACGCUUGGCCAUCUGUUUUAAAGACAAUUUUGAAAAAAGAUGUAAAAAGGAAGGGUAUAAGAACCAAAAAACUCCACGAUAAUUCUUCGGAUUCAGACUCUGACUGCUCUGUGCAGUAUGCAGAUUCUUCGGACUACGAUUCAAUUGAAGACAUGCAGGACUACUUAUUGAGACAACUGACAGAAGAUCAGAAAAUGGAGGAAAAGGAAAAAGAUGAACAAAUGACCGAAUUGGAAACGAAAGGGCAUGAAACAGAAAGCUUGAGAACAGAAUAUGACAAGGGGAAAGAAGAAUGGUUAAAACAGGAAAUAGAGGAUCAAAUUAAGGAAUUGGAAAAAAAAGGAUAUGAGAUAAAAAACUUGAGAAUAGAAAGUGAUAAAAGGCAAGUAAAAGAGAUGGUAAAUUUAUAUGACAUGGAUAAAGUCGAAUGGGAAGUACGGAACAUAGAGGAACAAACGAAGGAAUUGGAAACAAAUGGACAUGAGAAAGAAAGCUUAAGAAUAGAAAGCGAUGAAAGGAAAGGACAGGAGAUGGAAAAACAGAUGGUACAUGAAUAUGAAAUGGAGAGAGACGCAUGUAAAGAACAGGGAAAAGAGGAACACAUGAAUGAAUUGGAAACAAAAGGACAUGAGACGGAAAGCUUGAGAUCAGAAAGCUAUGAAAGGAAGGGACAGGAGAUAAAACAAAAGAUGGUAAAUGAAUAUAAAAUGGAGAGAGACUUGUGGAAAGACCAGGAAACAGUGGAACAAAUAAAAGAUUUAGGAACAAAAGAGCAUAAAACAGAGAAGCAUGAAAGAAAACAACAGAUAAAGAGCCUGAUAAUAGAAAACGAUGAUAAAAAAGGACUGAAGAUAAAACGACGAAGACUAGAAGAGACUAUGUCAGAAAAAGAUACAAUUAAUGAACAAAAUGAGAAGGCAUUUAUAGCCAAAAGUUUAUAUAUUGGACAAUACAUCUUAGUAAAGUUUGAAAGUACCAAAAAUACAAAUAAGUAUUACUGUGGCCUGAUUACGAAAAUAUCCGAGCGUGAAGGUGUUUUCACGAAAUUCAUGAGAUAUAAAAAUGGCGGGUUUUACUGGCCCACAGUACCCGAUACAAGUAUUGUAUUUGAAAAUGAUAUAGUACAAAUUUUACCAAAUCCCUAUAAAAAUCGGCGUGGAAUUUUAUAUUUUGAUGUCAAAUUUAAAUAUAAAUUGGAAUAA